CUCUCUCUCCCACCUCGCCACGCAAAUUUCUCCUUCACUCUCUUCUCACUCUCUCUCUCUCUCUCUCUUUCUCUUACACUCUCCUUCACUUUCCGUUCAGUCGAGAUUUACUGAUUCGAUUUUCUCGAGCAAAUGGCGGAAGAGAAAGAGUCAACGUCGAUUCCACUUAGUCAAGCUGAAAAUGGCGGCGAAGAUCCCGAAGAUCCCGUCAAGUCUCCCCCUACUUCUUCAUCUUCCUCCACUCGUCAGGCUUGCUGUUUUGUUCUCCAGAGUUGGAUCUCAAAGAAGUUCAUGACUGGAUGUGUAGUUCUUUUCCCUGUGGCAGUUACAUUUUUUGUGACGUGGUGGUUUAUUCAGUUUGUUGAUGGUUUCUUCAGUCCAAUGUAUGAGCGGCUGGGCAUUGAUAUAUUUGGACUUGGAUUUGUUACUUCCCUGGUAUUUGUAUUCCUUGUUGGUGUAUUUGUUUCGUCUUGGUUGGGCUCCACAGUUUUCUGGGUUGGGGAAUGGUUUAUUAAGCGCAUGCCCUUUAUGAAGCAUAUAUACUCAGCUUCCAAACAAAUUAGUUCUGCGAUAUCUCCAGAUCAAAAUACUACAGCUUUCAAAGAGGUAGCAAUUAUCCGUCAUCCACGUGUUGGUGAAUAUGCAUUUGGUUUUAUAACAUCAACAGUUACCCUUCAGAAAGACAAUGAAGAUGAGGAAUUAUGCAGUGUUUUCGUCCCAACAAACCAUCUGUACAUCGGUGAUAUUCUCCUGGUUAACUCUAAAGAGAUCAUAAGACCGAAUCUUUCUAUUAGAGAGGGAAUUGAGAUCAUUGUUUCUGGAGGUAUGACAAUGCCGCAAGUCAUAUCCCCUAUAGAAAGAAUCGCUCGACAGGGUGAAAGAAUCCCAUUAAACAGAAUAAUGUGAUGGCAUCUCAGAAGACAAAGACGCUCAUCAAUCAACUCUGUAAUUACUCUUAUACUCUACAUCUGUGCAAGUAUGGAAACCGUUUAUAGUCAGAGAAAGCAUCAGAUUAGGUCAUUUUCUUAUAGUAGAGUAUGAAAUCACACUUCCUGCUCGAUUUGGUUUUGUUAUCACUGUAAUACAUUCGUUUUGUUGUUCACCAUGUCAGGUUGCGCUGUUCGUGCAACUGUAUACUGUAAGAAGAGCUUAAAAAAAUUUCACAUGAAUUAUUUUGUAUGUAUUUUAGAGAGAGACAAUAUUCGGUUAGUGUAGCUAUGGCUUAUGUAAAAUCUGUAAAACUUACUGGGUUUUCAGUUUCAUAAAUAUUGAUGUGAAUGUUAGUUAAAAGCAAAUUGUACUCUU